AUGACUGAGUUUCCGGAAGACGAAGGCCGCCUGGGCCUUGAAAAAAAACUACGACAAAUUAUCAAGGAUCAGAUACAAAAAAUAACAAGAAAAGUGAAAAGCGUGGAAAAGGUGGAACAGGUGGAAAGCGCGGAGAAUGUGAAAGAGAAGCCACAAGGCAGAGGAAAAGAAAAAGUGGAGGAAAAGGCAGAGCACAAGAUGGAAGACGACAUGGAGGACGACAUGGAAGAACCGGACAGCUUCGCGAAAGUGCGCGAGACCAUCAAGCCGGAAAAUUUACGUUUGCUUGCUCUCGACCUUCGUCGCCAACGGGAAGGGGUGCCAGGUCGGCCAUACGUGAAGUCCAAGGUGGAUUGCCAGAUAAAGCCAGAGAACUUGACCGGCUCUUCCCAUAUUCUCUACCAGAUAGAGUUUAGUGAUAACGUUCGUUGGCUCUUGAAGGUCCCUGCCAAUGGUCACAAGGACGACUUUGACAAACUAUCUGCAAGCUGCCUUCGAGCCGAGGCGCUCACGAUGCGGCUCAUCAAGCGCAAAACCACGAUCCCUAUUCCAGAGGUAUAUGGAUUUGACGACACCUGCGACAACAGAAUUUCCUGUGCCUUCAUAAUGAUGGAGCAUAUUACGGGGCAGCCAUUGCAAGAUGUUUGGUUUAACCAAGAUAAUGCACCAGAGUUGCUGGAACAACGUCGUUCUCGGGCCCUACAUGAUAUUGCCAAAGCCAUGCUUCAACUUAACGAGUUUACUUCUUUCCGAGGUGGUACAAUACUUUUCGACGAAGAUGAAACCCCAUCUCGAAAUACCGGGCCUUUCAGGAUAAUGGAUAUGACGGCAAUGUUCGACCAGGUAGAAGAAGCCUCUGGCAGUGGUAAUAUUUAUUCUGAAGUCCAACCGGUCUCAGAUGCCAGAGGUUUUCUUACCUGUAUGCUUCACAAAAGGAUGACACCCAGGGACCAAUUUGGUUCCGGCUUCGAACUACUGCUCCACCUUUAUAUUGACUUUGCCGUUCUAGAGAAUCAAUCUUUGCUCAAAGAAUACAUGGCAGGAAACAAAGAUCAAAAUCGAUUCGUUCUCACUCAUCCAGACUUUGAUAUUCAAAAUUUCAUUGUCUCCGAAGAUGGGAGCUUACGAGGUGUGAUUGACUGGGACGGAGCCAUCACGACUCCUCGGGGCAUAGCAGGCAAUGAAAGCUAUCCAGGAUGGUUAACACGUGAUUGGGACGCGAUGUGCUACGCUUAUGACCCAGAAAGCCCAAACAAUCUUGAGAACAGCCCUAGCGAACUGCGCUUUUACAGAGAUAUGUACCAGAGGAUAAUUAGGGAACUUACAGGCAGUGAUUUGGCUGCCAUGAUGACAGCACGCACUCUGGUUUUUGACAAUUUAUCGAUUGCAACUCACAAUCCAAUCCCUUCUUCCCAUAUUAUUGACAGGAUUUUUGAAGAAAUCAAGGCCAAAGUAUCUAAAGGACUUGAAGGGGCACAACGGGAGGAGGAGCGUGCAAAAGAAGAGGAGCUAUCGGAAGAAGAUGAAGACGGGGAAGAAGACGACGGGGAAGAAGAUGAAGAAAUGGAAGAAUACAAUGGCACACUCGACUUGUACCGUGUCUGUAUGGAUUUAGCCGAAGGAUUGUUGUCCGACACUAGACGCGAACUUCUUGCGCAGGGUUUUAGGGCCCUUUUCCACGAGCAGUAA